AUGGCGCGCCAAAACCCCAACAUCGUAAUCACAGGCACGCCCGGCGUAGGCAAAACAACACACGCAGAGCAGCUCGCACAAAGUCUGGGCUUCACGCACGUCUCUGUGAACCAGAUCGUCAAAGACGAAGGCUAUCACGAGGGCAAAGACGAAGAGCUAGGCAGCUGGGUUGUAGACGAGGACAAAUUACUAGACCAUCUCGAAGGCACCGGUAUUUCAGAAAAGGGCGGCUACAUCCUCGACUGGCACGCGUGCGAGCUCUUCCCAGAGCGCUGGAUCGACCUCGUCAUCGUUUUACGCUGCGACUCCACCAUUCUAUACGACCGGCUGACGGCGAGAGGGUACAAGGGCAAGAAGCUCGAGGAGAAUAUGGAUAGUGAGAUUAUGCAGGUGUUGCUAGAUGAGGCGAGAGAGAGCUAUAGGGAGGAAAUCGUGGUGGAAUUGCAGAGUAGUGGGGAUGGAGAUGUUGAGGGAAACGUGGAGAGGGUGGAGAAGUGGGUUGAGCAGUGGAGAGCGAAUAAUGAAGGAUAG